AUGUGCUCCAUAAGUGGAUUGCUGCAGUCAACGAUGCCCAAAGCGGGCACCAAGACGACGACGACAACUUCGGAUCUCCUGUCUACUGAUUUGACGACUAAGCCGCAGGGCCAAUCAACGCCAACCACGCAGGAGUUUAACCAGGAGGCUGCAACGAAGCACGUGGAACACUUCGUGCCCCUACCGCCAAACCAUCCCGUAAGCCCUCAAGAAGCCGUUUCUCUAAACGGUAGAGCAAAGUGGUGGUGUUACCUGAUGACGGCUGCUCUCAUGGGAACGGAAGCAAUUCAGAAGAAGAAGAAGAAGAAGAAGAAGAAGAAGCGAUCACUGGAGAAGGACUUUAUUUUCCUGACGUUUCGGAUUCCGUCGGGAAUCCUUAGUCAUAAGCAGUUUUAUUUGCCUGACGUUUCGGAUUCCCUCGGGAAUCCUUAA